UAAAUUUGAAGGCUCCAGGUGGGGGUGAGCUGCUUGUCCCCAUGACUGCAUUUUAUUGUUGAGUGUAGCAGGGAAGCAGCUAACUGAAAACUUCUGUACUGCAUUCAGAUUAUUGGAAUUUCUAUAUAGAAGCCACAGUGUAGGUAGAGCUACCGACAAUCGAAUCAAAGGACAACCGGCCCGGUUCGUUCAUAGUGUAGCGCUGAUUCCUUCUGCUACCACCAUGGAUGAUUUAGAUGCAUUGCUGGCGGACUUGGAGUCAACGACCUCCCACAUCUCCAAGCGGCCAGUGUUUCUGCCGGACGAGACACCCUACUCUUUCCCCACGGGAGGACAGGCCCCUCCCCCUGUACCACCACCUCCCUCUGCUGAGGCCCUGAAUGGGACCUUGCUUGACCCCCUAGAUUCAACCCCCUUGUCCACACAGUCCUACAGCCCUGCACAGAAAAGCUUGUGGUCCAGGGACAGCAGUAGCCCCCCCUUACCCCAAAGCGAAGAGGACCACGUCUACAGCUUCCCCAACAAGCAGAAGAGUACAGAGGCUGCCAUGAGCUCCUCCCUGGGCUGCAACCUGUCGGAGCUGGACCGGCUGCUUCUGGAGCUCAACGCUGUGCAGCACAACACACCCUCCUUCCCCACUGAGGAAGCGUCAGCUCCGCCCCUGCCUUCCAGCAGCACCACCCAUUAUGUGCAAGCAAACGGGGUUUCUGGGGCAGGCAAGUUGCCUCGCCCCACCAUGGAGAAGCCAAAACGCAGCGUGGCCACCAGGCCACCAGUCAUCGAAGACAUGCGCCUCAGCUCCAAGAGCCUCCUUGACGAGCAAGAAAGUUCUGUGCCCUCUCCCAUCCCCACCCCAUUGGUGGUAGAGAAGUUGGGGGAGGAGGAGACGCCCUCCCAGCUGCAGGCCAGAAUCUCCGCCUCCUCCGCCACGCGGGAGCUUGACGAGCUCAUGGCCUCGCUGUCCGACUUCAAAGUCCAGAGCAACAUCCUGGCCCAGGGGAAGAGCUCAGCCACUGCUCCUCCCAAACAGUCUAACAAGCUGGACAACAUGCUGGGCAGCCUCCAGUCAGACCUCCAUAAACUGGGCGUCCAGACUGUGGCCAAGGGAGUAUGUGGGGCCUGCAACAAGCCCAUUGUUGGACAGGUGGUGACUGCCAUGGGGCGCACAUGGCACCCAGAGCACUUUGUGUGUACCCACUGUCAGGAGGAGAUCGGCUCCAGGAACUUCUUUGAGCGGGACGGAGCACCUUACUGUGAGAAGGACUACCACAACCUGUUCUCCCCACGCUGCCACUACUGUAACGGACCUAUCCUGGACAAAGUGGUGACGGCACUGGACAGGAACUGGCAUCCGGAACACUUCUUCUGUGCUCAGUGUGGAGCUUUCUUUGGCCCAGAGGGCUUCCAUGAGAAGGAUGGGAAGGCAUAUUGUCGGAAGGACUACUUUGACAUGUUUGCGCCCAAGUGUGGAGGCUGUACCCGCGCCAUCCUGGAGAACUACAUAUCAGCCCUCAACUCCCUCUGGCACCCUGAGUGUUUUGUCUGCAGGGAGUGCUUCACCCCCUUUGUAAAUGGGAGCUUCUUUGAGCACGAGGGCCAGCCCUACUGCGAGGGCCACUACCAUGAGCGCCGCGGGUCCCUCUGCUCGGGCUGCCAAAAGCCCAUCACAGGCCGCUGCAUCACAGCAAUGGCCAAGAAGUUCCACCCUGAGCACUUUGUCUGUGCCUUCUGCCUCAAGCAGCUCAACAAGGGCACCUUCAAAGAGCAGAAUGACAAGCCCUACUGCCAGGGCUGCUUCAUCAAGCUCUUCAGCUAGGAAGCUAGCCUCCCCCAGCCUGUUUGUGUGUGUGUGUACGCGCUUGUGCGUGUGUGUAGCUGUGUGCACGUUCUGUGUUCCAAAUCUCUGCUGUUCUGCCCUAAGUGUGCACUUGCUCACUUCCCUUCAUGAAUUUAAAAGGAAAUGACAGGUGUGAGAAAUAUGGUGGAAACUCCAGCCCAGUCCUAUACCAAUCCAAUGCUUUUUAAAUGUGUGGGAAGGAGUGCGCAGGUGCACGCUCCAGAGAAAAAGAAGAGAAUCGGGCCACCGUGUGAGUGUUUUUCUAAAGGUGUAGACUGGGAUAGAAGGCCGUCAGUGGCUAUGAUGAGGAAGCAGGGUUGUUCUUUACUGUGCAUGUAGCUGAGAUACGCGUGGCCAUUAAACACCACAGCUCUCCCUACAGGUGCCUAUUUGGAGGAGUUGGAGUGAUCAUUCCAAAAUAUAUUUUUGUAGUUGCAAAACACUGUCUGUGCAAUUGCAAAUACAUGCCUAUAAACUGUCUCUUGAUCUAAAACACACACAAGACAGAUUUUUAACUUGAGAAGAGGAAAAGCUUUCUGGUCUCUCCCUCCUUCCUUUCUCUUCACUGCUCUAAGACCAGUUUAAACACUUGGUGCUCAUUCUCAACUCAAUCAUAGAUCCCUCUCUGCAACCCUCAUGGGGACAUUUUACAGCCUGGUAUGGCCAAGAUAUCAGUGUCCUAUUUUUGUACACUUUUCCUAUGGAAACUUUCAUAAACUUACGAGGACUGCUCAGCAACAGAUUUCAUUUUUUGUUUACCUGAAGUGUGUCUUAUUUUGUCCAAACACAUUGUUUUAAGAGGCGCGCACACACACUCAAGACUACUGCUCUUUUUGUGCUAUGGAUUCUCACUUUCUAAUUUCAGUACUUCAGUCUUUGCUUCACUGAUUCUCAUAUCAAUUCUCAUUCAUGUGAAUCUGAUUUCAAAAGGAAUAUUGUCUUACCCUUUAGGUGGACAGAGGUUGGGGGUUUGGGUCAUUUUGGGUACCACACCUCUUUUUAUUUUGGAGGAACUAUGCUCAUCCCUCACUUUCCAUUAGCUUUGGGUAGGGAGACAUCUCUUAGCUUGGCAACCAAACUGAGCACAGUAUUCUUCAGUCUGGGGUAACCAGGCUAGUUUUUCUUUCUAUGAGGAAAAUACUGGAGCAUGUUUAUUUGAAACAGAACAUGUUAAUUGUGUGCAUUUUACCUUUUUUAUUUGCUACUGUAUUCGUCCACACAUUUAGCCAAGUUUUAAAAUGAAUUAAUUCUGAGUGAAUGGGGAGUACAUUUCUUGGUGCAAUGUUUUGCUGUAAAUUUAGCUACUGACAAUGUGUUUUCCCUCAGUUACUUAAAGACAAA